AUGUUUUUUAUUCAAUAUUUAAGAAGUUCAAUUAAAAUUGGUGCUCAUGGUGCUUAAAGAUUAGGUUCUGGUUUAGGAAAGUGCACUAAUCUCUCAAAUUUGACACUUUAUCUUUAAUUUAAUAUUAUUGGUCAAACUGGUGCAUCAGGAUUAGGUUCUGGUUUAGGAAAUUGCACUAAUCUCUCAAAUUUGACACUUGAUCUUGAAAAUAAUGAAUAUGUUAAAGAAGGUACAAUUUGUGAUAAAGGAGCAUCAGACUUAGGUUCUGGUUUAGGAAAGUGCACUAAUCUCUCAAAUUUAACACUUCAUCUUUCUAAUAAUUUAAUUGGUGCAAUUGGUGCAUUAGGCUUAGGUACUGGUUUAGGAAAGUGCACUAAUCUCUCAAAUUUGGCACUUCAUCUUGAUAGAAAUUAAAUUGGCGAUGAAGGUGCAUCAGGCUUAGGUUUUGGUUUAAGAAAGUGCUUUAAUCUCUCAAAUUUGAAACUUAUUCUAUUUCAAAAUAAAAUCAAUGAUAAAGGCGCAUCUGGGUUAAGUUCUGGUUUACGAAAGUGCACUAAUCUCUCAAAUUUGAAACUUUAUCUUUAAGACAAUUUAAUUGGAGAUGAAGGUGCAUCAAGAUUAUGUUCUCGUUUAAGAAAGUGCACUAAUCUCUCAAAUUUGACACUUAAACUUAAUAAGAAUUAUAUUUGUGAGGAAGGUGCAUCAAAUUUAGGUUCUGGUUUGGGAAAGUGCACUAAUCUCUCAAAAUUGACACUUUAUCUUGAAGAAAAUUAAAUUGGUGAUUAAGGUACAUCAGACUUAGGUUCUGGCUUAGGAAAUUGCACUAAUCUUUCAAAUUUAACACUUGAACUUAGUGAAAUUGGUGCAAUUAGUGCGAUUGGUGCAUUAGGUUUAGGUAAUGGUUUAGCAAAGUGCACUAAUCUCUCAAAUUUGGCUCUAAUUCUUUAUAAAAAUUAAAUUGGUGAUGAAACUGCAUCAUGCUUAGGUUCUAGUUUAGGAAAAUGUGUUUAAAUCUCAAACUUGACACUUAAUCUACACGAAAAUUAAAUUGGUGUAAGAGGAGCAUCUAAAUUAGGUAAGGGUUUAAGAAAAUGCUCUAAUCUCUCAAAUUUAUCUCUAAUUCUUUCGAGAAAUUAAUUUGGCGAUGAAGGUGUAUCAUCUUUAGGUUCUCGUUUAAGAAAGUGCACUAACCUCUCAAAUUUGACACUUUAUCUUGAGUCUAAUAAAUUUGGUGAUGAAGGUGCAUCAGGCUUAGGUUCUGGCUUAGGAAAGUGCCCUAAUCUCUCAAAUUUGACUCUUUAUCUAAGUGAAAAUUAAUUUAGUGGUGAAGGUAUAUAAGGUUUAUGUUCUGGUUUAGGAAAAUGCAUUAAUCUCUAAAAUUUGACACUUAAUCUUGAGGAAAAUGAAAUUGAUGAUAAAGGUGUAUAAGGCUUAGGUUUAGGUUUAGAAAAGUGCAAUAAUCUCUCAAAUUUAACACUUUUUCUUCAGGAAAAUUAAAUUGGUGUAAUUGGCGGAUUAAGCUUAGGUUCUGGUUUAGGAAAGUGCACUAAUCUCUCAAAUUUAACACUUUAUCUAUCUGGAAAUGAAAUUGGCGAUGAAGGUACAUCAGGAUUAGGUUCUGGCUUAGGGAAGUGCAUUAAUCUCUCAAAUUUGUAUCUUGAUCUAGGUGCAAAUAGAAUUGGUGAUAUAGGUGUAUAAGGCUUAGGCUCUGGUUUAGGAAAAUGCACUAAUCUCUCAGAUUUAAGCCUUAAUCUACAUAUAAAUUAAAUUGGUGAUAAAGGUGUAUCAGGCUUAUGUUUUAGUUUAAGAAAAUGUGUUAAUCUCUCAAAUUUGACCCUUAAUUUUUAUAGAAACUAAGUCAACAAAUAAAAAUAUAUUUUGAAAGAAAAAUGCCUUAAAUAUAAAAGAUUAGUUGCAUUAUAAAUAUAAAAGUGA